AUGGAUCCACCGAGGCAGUCUUCUUUGGCGAAGAAGCCGACGGUGGCAAAACUUGAAAAGUUCACCGUGUUCGUCGCCACGUGCCAACAAGAAAAGUUCCCGGCUAUUGUCUUGCCCUCCGCCAAAAUGGAGGACUUGCAGCGGUUCAUUGUAAGCCAGUGGAAGAUCUCCAAGAGUCCAUUCGCGAAGCUCCCUCUUGCUGAGCACUUUUACACGUUCAAAGGUCGGAUCCUCCGCCUCGACGGAACGCUGGAUGGCUACUAUAUUCUCAAUAACGACACGAUCUACCUGCGAUUCGCAUCGCUGGGCAAAAUUUGCGAUCCAUGGGCCAUGUCGACGAGCGAACUGCGAGUUGAACUCAAGGCACGCAACGCCUACGAGAUUAAUUUACAACCGGAGCAACUGAUGCAGCGACUGCAGAACUUGAUAAUGAAGGAAAGUCGCAUGCGACGGCUACAGCAAGCUACCAGGAAGGAGGAAGUGGAGCAAGUGCAGACCAUCACGAAGGAACUCGCUACCUUGCAUCAACAGCGCGCGAAAAAGCGGAGCUACUUGACUCCGACAGGAAAUCCGGUCGAGCGUCCGCCGUCACUUGCUAAGUGGCCAAUCGCUCCGUGUCCGAAUCGCACCGUGUUUCUCUCUAUUACCAAGCUGGAACGCACAUAUCAGCUAGUGCCACGAGACGUCUUGGAGCCUGCGUUACUCAUCUUCGACACCGAGAGGAAAUGGGUGUUUGACAAGCACAACGUCCUACAGAAGCAGCACUUCGACUACAGGUACAUGUGCUUCGAUCAAGACUUUCUCGAGAUGUUAACAUUGAAGGAAGAGGCUGGCAUGAUUUUCUGGUUUCGGCCGUGCAAGAGCUACGAGAAGAUGUCUUCAUUCCUCACGUCCAUCGAAGAUCCCGCUUCUGGAGGCAAACACUAUCAACCGCUGAUCCUCAAAGAGUCCAAGUGGCUCACACUCUGCGGCGAAAAUGGCUGGGAAGGUAAAGUUCGACACGACGGACGCAGACGCGACGUCGAGAGAGUGCCGAAGUUCACAAAGAGCGUUGCACGCGUCGUAUCCAACCUGAACUCGUCCAGCUUCGACUACGUAGCAGUGAAGGAGCUGCUCUUCCAGUCCAACCCAACGUUAGUCUUCGCACCUCUGUAA